AUGGGACCAACCGGUCGUACCUCUGGCAUCUUCGACUUGGCCAUAUUGGCCAUAACGGUCCUAGACUCCAUUGUCAAGAAGGGCUACGGCAACGGCAUCAACAUCACGUCUGUUCAACAGUGGGAGAUGUGUCAAGGGUGUGCUCUUGGCAAACAAACUCGAGUGAACUUUAUGCCAAAGUCCCCAGAGAGUGCAAAGAAGAUGCUAGAAGUCAUCCACAGCGAUGUCUGUGGUCCUAUGCAAACAGCUUCGCUCGGUGGAAGCAGAUACUUUGUCACGUUCAAUGACGAGUAUUCACACUUUAGUGUGGUGUUCUUGCUUAAGAACAAGUCUGAAGUGGCUUCUAAGUUUGCCGAAUUCGUCGUAUUUGCAGAGACUCAGACAGGAAACCGCGUCAAGCUACUUCGCAGUGACAACGGCGGAGAUUACAAGUCGCAUGAGAUGACCAAGCUGUGCAGCAGUCGUGGCAUUGUACAAAAGUUCACGCCUCCUUACACACCUCAACUCAACGGGUGGCAGAACGGAUGA